GGAAAAAAGGCACGAUCUCGCCAUACCCUCGCGCCACGCAAGUUCGUCGUUUGCAUCAGAAUUUUGCAGCGACGGAUAACACCAUAUUCAUCCAUCUAGUUCGUCGUUCUUGCAUCAGAAUUUUGCAACGACGAACGCCACACUUUCACCCACCAAAUCUCGAGACGAUUGCUGCGACGGAGCGGCGCUAAUGGCAACUACUAUGGGGCCAGGAGGAAAGCGCGUCUUUGACGGUGAGUCCUUCCCAGAUAUCACUAUGGAGGAGGCUAGGAAACACUCUCCAACUUCAUUCGUGAUGCAGUUCGGGUGCAUGGCUCCAUUGGCUGUUGUGGAGAAGGGUGACGAGCUCUACGUACACCGACUACAAGAGCCUACACGUCUCUGUGUUGCUGAAUACAAAAAGGCGCACAUAGCCAAAGCGGUUAAAGCUAGGGAAGAAAGAAACGACCUGAUGCUUAAAGCCCGCAAAAUGCUAGGUGGCUUGGAGCAGCUCCAGGUUACUUCCACGCCAAAAGAGCGUGUUCAAGCUCUCGAACACUAG